UCCGCCGCCGGAUCCGCGGACGGUUUAGUGAGCCCGUUAGUGCCCCUGCCGAGACUCACGUCGCCGUCAUGUCCCGCUACCUGCGCCCCCCCAACACGUCUCUGUUCGUAAGGAACGUGGCCGACGAUACCAGGUCCGAAGAUUUACGACGAGAAUUUGGUCGUUAUGGUCCUAUAGUUGAUGUGUAUGUUCCACUUGAUUUCUACACGCGUCGUCCAAGAGGAUUUGCUUAUGUUCAAUUUGAGGAUGUACGUGAUGCCGAAGACGCUUUACAUAAUUUGGACAGAAAAUGGAUUUGUGGACGCCAAAUUGAAAUACAGUUUGCACAGGGGGAUCGGAAGACUCCAAAUCAAAUGAAAGCCAAGGAAGGGAGGAAUGUGUACAGUUCUUCACGCUAUGAUGAUUAUGACAGAUACAGACGUUCUAGAAGCCGAAGUUAUGAAAGAAGAAGAUCAAGAAGCCGGUCCUUUGAUUACAACUAUAGAAGAUCUUAUAGUCCUAGAAACAGUAGACCGGCUGGAAGACCACGGCGUAGCAGAAGCCAUUCCGACAAUGAUAGAUUCAAACACCGAAAUCGAUCUUUUUCAAGAUCUAAAUCCAAUUCAAGAUCACGGUCCAAGUCCCAGCCCAAGAAAGAAAUGAAGGCUAAAUCACGUUCUAGACCAAACUGCAGCUGGAAUACCCAGUACAGUUCUGCUUACUACACUUCAAGAAAGAUCUGAGAAAGCGGAAAAAGAACCAAAGAAGGGCAGUUCAAGCGACCAAAGGGUGGGUGGAAGGUGCUGCAGUAUGAAUACUGUACGAAUAUUUUGACUCUGGUCUGAAAAGAUAAAAGAAUGUUAUCGAAACUACAUGGAAUAAUUGAAGUCCCUUCAAGUUUGAAAGUAAGCAUUUUAGGACAAAUAAAAAGAAAUUCAACUUUGUACUUGUGGAAACUAAUCCCUAAAUCUGAAUAGGUUUAUAUUGAUUCGUGGGUAACAGGUCCAUAAUAAACUAUUGGAAACUAGGAUGUUUGAAUAUCAAGGAAGACAGCCAUAGUCUCUUACAGUGCCUCUAUUGGUCUGUCUCAAACUGAAUUGGGUGAGAAAAGGUAUGGUCCAAUAUAAACUUUUUCUUGGUUAUCUCUUAAAGUCAGUUCCAUUUUCGCUAUUGGCAAAUCUUGCCUUUGUUUAUUCCAGUGCCAGUGUUUUUCUGCUUAAUGGUUUGCUUUGUUGGCAUCUGAGUUUAUUUACUUGUAUGCCAUGUGCAGUUUACAUCUUACACUCUCUUUUCCAAAUAAAUUCCAAUUAGAAUACUUGACAUCUAGCUAAGAGGGUCCAUCUCUUCUCACCUCUGUCCUAAGUCAGUAUAUUCAGCAAACAUUUAUUUACUGAGCCCUUACUGUGGGCAAAAAUUGUCCUGGGUAAUCGGGGAGAAAAAUAGAGAAAAUUGACUUAAUAAAUACCUACUGAGCACAAUCUAGUCAAUCAUUACAGUAUGGCCUCAUUGUUUUGAGGUGUAUUUUUCGUAACGAUAUUUUACACCAUUCAUAUCUUAAUGUAAUUAUAAAACCCAGAAUACUAUCAAUGAUCAUUUUGUGGUUAUCUGCCAUUUAAAAGUAUCCAGUAUUUCUGUUUGCAUCCCAUUAAUACAAAUAAUGAAAAAAUGAUGUUUUAAUCUGUAAUAAACUGAUUCAUUGUGCAGUGACUGUAAUAUACUAGAGUUAUAUUAAAUUGUUAACUCUGCCUCCUCAAACACACAUUAGGAAAUAAUCCCAAAAAUAAGUAACUUUGCAGUAGAUCUAAAGGAGACUCUGGGUGCUAUAAUUAGAUUAUUUUGAGGCAGACAGAGAGCUGUUAUCCCAACUGAUUUAGUGUGUUCUGUAAUUGAGAAAAUGUUCACCAGAUUAUACUUUUUAGUGAUUUACUUGUACAUUUUAUAGGGGACAUGUUCUGUGUAUAGUGAAUAAAUAACUUUUAUAGUAUCACAAAAAUGUUUUGGAUUCCUUAGUUCCUUAUUAGGAUAUUAAGUUUGUUUAUACAUUGAUUCUUCCAUCACUCAUACUUGAUUUUUGUCAUUUCUGCCACAUAUUUUAAGUUGUUCGUGUGAAGUUCUUCAUCUAAAAGUAUGGAAGUGUUUAAGCCUUUACAAAAAAAAAAUUUUGAAAGUUGCAGAAUAUACAUAACGGUUGGAGAUAUGAAAUGUAGGUAUUUUUAUCCGUUUGAUUAAAAAAUUUUUUUUCAAACUUGCCUAAGAUCACACAGCAAGUAAGUGGCAGAUCCUGUGUUAGAGUUAACGGUUUUUUCAUUUGGUUCCUGUUUUGUGCCUUUUUUUUUUUUAAUCAAAUGGAAGAUUUUUUAUAACUUACUAAAAUUAAUAUAAUGGAAUCUAGAGUUCAUGCAGAGGGAAGAUUUAAUAGAUUUAUGAAAAAGAUUUAAUAUCAAAAAGUAUUUUGUUUGUACUUUGUGGAUGAAAAAGAGGUUAAAUGUAACCCAAGAUCUCAAGCUAUUGUGACUCAGGCUCUCCAUCCUGGCUUUCCAAAUUUCAGUCGCAUUGUAUUGCAUUUUGACCAUAUUCUUGUUUACAAAAUCCUGAGAUACUUUGAAAGGAGGAGGCUGUGAUUUGAGACAGCACAAUGAUAGUGGAGGAAUAAUCUUAAUGGCAUUUCUACCAGGUCAGAGCUUUUAGGAACAAACUUGUCAUUGAUAAAUGAAGUAAGCAACCUACUUGUUUUCGUUCAACUAUUCACAUAGUUACUAUAGAAAAAUUUCCUUCUCCAGGGUUUUUGUCUCUGCCCCUUCCUCCAACAGUGUUGGUUAUUAUGUUUAUUGCAUUGUGUUUCUGUGUAUUCCUAACGGCUGUUUCACCCUUAUUAAAGUGGGAAUCUUUAUUUGGAAUAAAAAGCAAGGCAUGUAAAUUCCUUUCAUUGAUAAUUGACAGAGUAGUUUGUAAAGAAGUAAAAGGCCUUUGUGUCUAGUUUUUGUAGAUCCACAUCUCUUUGAAUGCUAGAGAGUGAAAUAAACAACGGGUCUAGGAGCCAAACAAUUUGGGGUUUUUUCCCCCCUUUCUCUUUUCCUUAGGUUUAACUCUGCCCUCCAGGUUUGUGGUUGGGUGGGCUUUCCUCAUUUGAGUAGGAGGCUUUAGAGAUGUAUCCCUCCUGUUUUGCAAAGUAAUUGCCAAUAAGAAUGCAAUUAAAGAAACCAGAAAACUUA